AUAUUCACAAAGUCGAAGAAAAUACAGCUACAAGUUGCAUUAGAGAACAGCACGAAACGAUCAACUCCAUGGCACUAAAAAAUGCAUUCAGGCCAAAAUUCACAGAAGUGCAAUAGCAAGUAGUGACCGAGUCUUUGAACUCGGCUUGCAUUGUGGGUCAAGUUAAUCUACCCUGUAUAUAACCAGUAUAUUACAAUGAGGGCAUGUGGGCCCAUCUAUGGGAGUUGACCAGCCCCACCAUAACAUGCAGGGAAGCAGGUAAUAUUUAUAGUGACAUUGAUUAUAAAUAUUAUCUAACUGGAUUAGAGUUAAACAAUUAAAAAAAUGCAAUUCUGUGAAGGAUUUCACGGAUCUGAGAUUGGGUAUUCCUGUUUAUAUUCACUAACGGUAUAUUUGGUCAAACUGGGUCUUGCAAAAAUUGAGCACAAUUGGCCUUGGAAUCCAUGGAUGUUUUACAUAUCUGAGUGAGAAACAGUCUCAUGCAUUGAUAGACAGGAGAGCUCUACAGACAUGGGGACAUCAGGGGCAUUUAUUAAGCUGCUGCAAGCAUGUUUUGUCAUGAUUAUGACAGCUGGUUUUUUGUUUGUUAGUCUUGGAGAGGCCAUGGAGGUUGCAAAUAACAAAACCCAAGAGCCCGGCUGGAGAAUGCACACAUUAUUUUCUGUGGAAUGCCACAAUUAUUUUGAUUGGCAGACAGUGGGGCUAAUGCACAGCUACAGAAAGAGUGGACACCCAGGUCCCAUAACAAGGUUAUUGAGCUGCACAGAUGAGAAGCUUCAGGAUUAUAGAGGCAUGGAUUUGGCCCCCACUCAUAAGGUGCCAUCAAUGAGCAGACAUCCUGUCACUGGUGACUGGUAUCCAGCAAUAAACAAACCAGCAGGUGUUGUCCACUGGCUUAAUCAUAGCGAAGAUGCAAAGAAUGUUGACUGGGUUGUAAUUUUAGAUGCAGACAUGAUUAUCCGAAGACCAAUUAUUCCUUGGGAACUAGGUGUAGAAAAGGGCAAACCUGUGGCUGCACACUAUGGGUAUCUAAUUGGAUGCGAUAACAUUCUCGCUCAGCUGCACACAAAGCACCCAGAAUAUUGUGACAAAGUUGGUGGGCUGCUUGUAUUUCAUAUUGAUGAUCUAAGAUCCUUAGCACCAUUAUGGCUUUCAAAAACAGAAGAAGUAAGAAGAGACAGUGCUCACUGGGGGACCAACAUAACUGGGGACAUUUUUGCAAAGGGAUGGAUCAGCGAGAUGUAUGGUUACUCAUUUGGUGCUGCAGAUGUUGGACUCCGUCAUAAAAUAAGGGAUGAUUUAAUGCUUUAUCCAGGCUAUAUUCCAAUGGAAAGGACUGAGCCUAUUCUUUUACAUUAUGGUUUAAGGUUUACUGUUGGAAAUUGGUCCUUUGAUAAGGCACAACAUCACAAUGAGGAAAUUGUCUAUGACUGCAAUCGCCUUUUCUCUCUGCCUCCAUAUCCUAAAGAGGUGCAAAUGAUGGAACCUGACCUGAGCAGGAGGCGAGGCUUAUUUCUGAGCAUUGAAUGCAUUAAUACAAUCAAUGAAGGUCUCCUGAUUCAUCACGAAUCACGUGGAUGUCCAAAACCAACCCGAUCAAGAUAUUUGAACUUUUUGAAGAGCAAGGUGUUUUCUUUGUUGACUAGGCCAAAAACACUAAAGAUUGACAUUAAAGAUACUGAAAGUGCAACCAAGGAGUUCUCAACUCAAGAACUUGGGAGUGUAUAUUAUCCAAAAAUACAUACAAUUUUCUCCACGGAGUGCUCUCCAUAUUUUGAUUGGCAAACUGUAGGAUUUAUCCAUAGUUUCAAUCUGAGUGGGCAGCCAGGUCGAGUUACACGCUUGCUUAGUUGUACGGAAGAUAAACUAAAGACAUAUGCAGGUCAUGAUCUGGCUCCUACACAUUAUGUUCCUUCAAUGAGUCAUCAUCCUUUAACAGGGGAUUGGUACCCUGCAAUCAAUAAACCUGCUGCUGUACUACAUUGGCUUAAUCAUGCAAUAAUAGAUGCCGAAUACAUAGUCAUUUUGGAUGCAGAUAUGAUAAUCAGAGGCCCCAUUACACCAUGGGAAUUUGGAGCAGAGCGCGGGCAUCCAGUAUCAGCUCCUUAUGAAUAUCUCAUUGGCUGUGAUAAUGAGCUGGCACAAAUUCACACAAGGCAUCCAGAAGCAUGUGACAAAGUUGGUGGUGUUAUCAUCAUGCAUGUUGAUGAUCUUAGAAAUUUUGCACCACUCUGGCUUCACAAAACUGAGGAAGUUAGAGCUGAUAGAGAACAUUGGGCAACAAAUAUCACUGGAUAUAUUUAUGGACAAGGUUGGAUUAGUGAAAUGUAUGGGUAUGCUUUUGGCGCAGCUGAGAUAAACUUGAGACAUCGGAGACGAGAUGACAUAAUGCUUUACCCUGGCUACAUUCCUCUUCAAGGUAUUGAACCAAGAGUUCUUCAUUAUGGCCUGGAAUUUGGUGUUGGCAACUGGAAAUUCGAUAAGGCUGACUGGAGAGAAAAAGAUAUGACAAAUGUGUGCUGGAGGCAGUUUCCAGAACCACCAAACCCUUCUACAUUGAUGUCAACAGAUGAGGGCAGUUUAAGAAGAGACAAAUUAAGUAUUGAGUGUGCAAGGACAUUAAAUGAUGCUCUAUAUUUACAUCAUUUAAGAAGAAACUGUUUGAAAACUCAGUCCAAUGAGAACACAUUACAUGCACAAUCUCCGCCAGGUAUAUCUGAUCAAGUUGAGAGAAGCAAAAGCUCUGAAUAUCUAAAGCAAAACUUGCUUGAGAAAGAUGCAUCAUCUGAUAAUGGAAUCCAAGGUAACAGUGAACUUCUGAAAAGUACUCAUAGAAAUUCUUUGAGUGAGAAGCAAAUGUCCUUGGAAGAAGAAAGGGGAGUCUCAGCAAAGGGUGGUUCUCAUCUUCUUGUACGUACUGGUCCUAGGUAUUGGAUGGUUACGUUAUGGUUUCUUUCUGUUUUAGCAUUCCUAGUGGUUGUUUCGACAACAUAUUCAAGACAGAAAGAUGAAGUGCUCCGGAAAAAGAAUCCACGCACCAAACAGUAAAUUCUCCUUUAAAACAAUUUAGGCAGAAUUUGGGAGGAGCAUCCUUCUCAGCGAAGCAUUUUAGCUUUAUCCCAGUAGAUGUGGCACACGGAUUGUAGACCGUACUACCACUGCAUUGCUUUAUGGUGGUGGUCCCCUGAUUUAGGACAAUAUUUUGAAGCUAUGCUGAGGUAUCAUAGGCAAUUUGUAAGCUACUUAGAGUGCAUGCAACAAGGCUUAAAAAACCAUUCAUUCCCAAGGAAUGAAUUGUUAAAUAUACUGAUAUUAGAAGUAUGUAAUGGUUUGCAGGCUGAAAUUGGUAUUAACACAUUGUGUUCGUAUGAAGAUGGAUGUAUUCCCUCAAAGGUUCAUUUUUAUAUUUAAGUAACCGGAAACGGCAUAGGGAGCCCAAUAAAUAUCAGAGCAAUUGUGUCCAACUUGAGGUAGUUUUGGAUUUUUAUGGGAUUCAUUUUGUAUUAGAUAUAAUUUAUCACAUAAACAGUUUUGGAUGCCUUUUUUA